AUGCGAGUCACGCUCGCCGGUCUUGUGUGUGUGUCUGCCGUUGCAACCGGUGCUGCACUUAACAGCUGGUUCUUCGACCUUCGUGUUUCCUCCUCAGACCAAGUCUGCUCGAACUCUAACAUCACCCUCAACGGACAUUCGCUGGCCACAUCCGGUGUCGAGGACGUCUCCACCUCCCCGCUGGUCCUCACUGGUAUCGGCCAAGGUUCCGUCCCCAUCGCCGUCCAUUCACAACUGCACGUCGUGUAUCUUGACGUUUCAUGGGCCUUCUAUUGCCUGAGCCCUGAGGCCGACACCGCCGACCAACCUCCCUCACCGUCUGCGCAGCUCCUCACGGUCGCUAUUGAUAGAUUUAAUGGGAAGGCCGUUGAAGGGUCCUCGGGAUUUACUCUUUCGUUCAACCAGACCCAGCGACCCCAGGUGCUUAGACUCGAUCCCAAACCCAUCCUCACCUCCGCGUCGGCGACCGCUCUCGAUCCACUAAGCGACUGGAUCUCUCCUCCACCCCGCCUACGUCUUCCCUCCGACUCCAACAGUGCUGUAGAUCGUGAUCUUCAAGACCUUCAGGUUCUUGAGCGUGAGCUCUCCCUGCUGCAGCGCUUGAUCGAACAGAAGAGACGAAGGAUCGAACUCCAAGGGAAGCCGGACGCCCCAAUUGCCGAAGAAGAGCUCAGGGACUGCGACAGCAUCCGUUGCUACGUCAACUAUUUCCUUCAGAAGGCUCACGGCGCGGCUCAAGUCCUGUAUACCAAGCUCCCUUCGUGGCAUUUCAACGAGGAACCCGGUGAGGGCGUCGUGAAGAUGCAUCAUCCCGCUGCCCAGACGGACCUCGAGUCCCAAUCAAACUGCAUUCAGCCACCACCGCCAUGCCACUGCUCUCCGGAGAAAAUUGACAUGGAGGGCGAGAAGGGGUGCGAAUGCGCGGUCCCCGGCGCUACUCCAUCCCACUCCCACAAUGGCUACCACGUUCUCGGCAACCCCGAACCAUCCACCAAACGCAAUCCCUUCAUCACGCUCCUCCACAUCCUUCUUUCCAUCGUCACUCUCGCUUUCAUCUUCCGACUCCUCCGCAGCUGCUGCUGCUCCCCCCGCCAACGUGCCGAACGAGCCGCCCGUCGAGAAGAGGCGCGCACGGCACGAGAAUACCAUUCCGCCGCACUCUCACAACAGCCGUCGAAAUGGCGCAAAUGCUUUUCCCGAAGGUCGAGCAAGAAUCCAGCAAUGGACACGAUGAAUUACGAAGAAAAAACACAGUUGGUUCGCCAGCAAGAGAAUGUGCUCGAGCGGGAGAUGCAAAACGAAAUCCGAGGACUACAGAUCGCUCACGAGGUGGUAUCGAGCAUGGUUCGCACCGAUGUCUGCCAAUCUUGUGGGUUUAACCCGGGACCUACGGGAACCUCUUCCACCGCCACCCAUCACAUCCAUCAAACCGCAUAUCAGAUCUCUCCGCAUCUCGCAUUUAUGUCACCAGCCGCUCAUCACGGCACCUCGUCCAACCCCUACCGCUCCUCCGCCCACCGCCCUCGCCCCAUUACCAUCCCCUCCCCCGCCCUCUCCAUCACCUCCUCCUCCCCCGUCCGCUCCCGUGCCUCCUCAGACGGAUCCUCCUCCGGCCGCUCCAUCUCCGGCUGGUCCGGCCUGUCCGGCGUCUCCCGCAACACCACCCUCCCCCCCUACCGCACCGACGCCUCCGACUACGACUCGGAAACCGAGCCGCCUGCGUACGGCGAAGAUGACGCGGGGGAGCGCGGCGCAGUCGCCGACGGAUUUUCUAGACCGGAAUCGCACAGGGGGGUCGGCGGGGGAGAAACGCGGCGAUACGUUCCGGGGAUGGAAGGGACGGCGCGGAUAUCGCAGGAGAGGGAGCAUGUUAGCGCGAUGUGGUCGCCGCAGAGCGCGGGGGCCGAUGCGGAUGGAGAGUUUAGCCCGCGGGCGAGCAUGGAUACGCUCGAUAGUCGGGGGCCAGGGAUCGUGGGGUUCACGUACGUUUGA